ACCAAUUUUCUAAUUUUCUAUUUUUCUAUAUAUACCUGUCAGCUCAAUGGAAUUAUAUAACUAUAGAUCAUUAGAAAAUUCUAACAUUUUGGGUUCCUACUGAUUUUAUCGUAAUAUUCAUAAUAUUUCAGUUUGUAAAAAAAUUUUGAGCAUACAAUGGUUGUGCAUUAUUAAUGCAGUAAUGGCAUAAUGCAUAUUAAUAGUUGUAUAUUAAUUUGAUGUGAAGUUACAUAGUAGAUAUAUUAUAUUAUAGUUGGAUAGAAUAAACAUUGGUUAUUUGUAUUAAUAAUCCAUUUUAUAUUAUCAUGCAAUUGUAAAGAAUACUCAGAAAUAUUCAAAUAUGGAUGAUCAAUUAAAUAUUAUGUUAGAAAAUACCAAUUCAGAAUUUAUUACCUUAUCGUAUGCUGAUCAUUCAUUGGUCUCUCAUCCCGAACAAUUAUCCGACGAGUGUACAGAUAUGAUUUUAGACCCAGUUCAUUGUCAAAAUAUUAGUACCAUGAGUCCAUUAAAUGAUUUGUUAUUGGGACAAACAUUCUUAAUAGAGACUAAUGAUCAACCGUUAUUUGUAAAUGGCACAGAGUUGAUUACAUUCCAACAAAUUGACUCUAACGGACAAAUAAAUGAUAUCCAGGCUAUUUCAAAUAAUGUUGAUUCUGAUAAAUCAACAAUUGAAAAUAUUAAUUUUACUAUGAAUUCUGAUGAUCAAUUCCAAGAUAUUUAUUCAGAUCUUAAUAAAACCAAUUUGGAUAUAAUGAAAACCACAAAUGACAGUAAUAACUUGAAAGAACAUUUGCAAGUUACAAUCAACACUGAUAUAACUAGUGGGAAUUACAGUUAUUCGACUGCUAUUAAAAUUUUAGAUGAUGUCGCUAAAAGUCCUGUUGAUACUAAUGGUCAUUUUGUUUGUGAUUUAUGUUUACAUGAAUUUUACAACUGGAAAAAUUAUAAGAAACAUAAAUUAGAACAUUUAAAUGAUAAGCCAUUUAAAUGUUUGAAAUGCUUGAAAUCAUUUAAUUAUAAUAAUAACUAUUUACUCCACAUUGCUUCUCAUUCAACAAGUAAUUUGAAAUGUCCAAAAUGCAAAAAAGAAUUUAAACGCAUAGCUAGCUUUAAGGCUCACUUAAAAAUUCAUAAAACUGAAGAAUUGAUUACAUGCAAUAUUUGUGACAAAAUAUUUGACAAUCAGUACCGGUUAGACAUUCAUAAAGAAAAUUGUAUGCAAGAAUAUAUAAUUAAUCCUGAUGAAGGAACAUCUGUUGCUUGUAUUAAAACUUGUACAGUUUGUAAUAAGUCGUUUUCAACUAUACCAGAAUACAAAAUGCACAUAAAGGAACAUAGAAAAUUUGAUUCAGUGUUGAAAAAAUAUCAUAAAGUUACUUCAAAAUUAAAAAGAUUGCAUAAAACAAGCAAUAAAGUUAAAAGAUUUAAAUGUGAUCAUUGUGAAUGGUCAUUUAAUAAGUCAAAUCUUUUACUUCGUCAUAUGAGAACACAUACUGGAGAAAAACCAUUUGAAUGCUCUUCUUGUUCAAGAUACUUUACUCAACAAAAUUCAUUAAAUAGACAUCUGUUGAAACAUAAAGGAAUACGACCGUUCAAAUGUGAAUUCUGUGAAAUGAGUUUUUGUCAAAAAGGCCAUUUAAUUAAUCAUAUGAAAAAAUGUCAUGCUGUUACAAAAGAAGCAACAAGAAUUCAUAAAUGUUCUAUGUGUUCUUGUGUUUACAACAGUAUCAAUGCUCUUAGUAAACAUAUGAAUGUUUACCAUGGAUUAAAAACUAAGGAAUUAAAUAAAACUGUUCAAAAUUAUUUAACUAAGAAUAUAGAAUCAGUUGAUGAUGAAACUAUACAUUUAAUUAAAGAUCCCUCAAAAUUAGAACAAUGGCUUGAAGAAGUAGCUCAUGAAUUGCAAAGUGGUGAUAAUAAUUCAGAAUUAAAGGAUUGCAAUGAUCCAAUUACUACUCAAUGUGAAUUUGGAUUGAAUCUAAUUGAAAGUGAACAUUUUGAUCAAAUUUUAAGUCCGAUUUCUAAUAUAAAAACUAGUGAUCACAUUGACAUUGAAAACUUAACAUUUUCUCUUGCAGAUGGUCAAGAUUAUAUUAUUAUGAAGAAUAAACAAGAUCAAUCAACAAUCGAAAAUGCUAUUGUCCAAACUCAAGAAACGGAAUUAGUAACAACUGCUACUGAAAAUGAAUCAUUAGCUUUAAAUGUUGCAAAAGAAACAACAAUAAAAGAGAUGGGACCUGAAAUGACUACUACAGAAAAUGAAUCAAUAUCAUCGAGUGUUUUAAAAGAAACCACUAAAAAGCUUCCUUUAAGAAAAAAAAAAUGUGGUGAUAAAAUGUCUAAAUUGGAUUCACAAAAGAUUGUACCAAAAACAAAAAAUGUGCACACAUUUAAUUUGAAAAAGAAGAAUAGUAUUAGUAAUGAAGUUAAGAAAAGUAUUAAUCAUGCAAGUAGUAAAGCUGAACCAAAAGUUUUAUAUGUACCAAAUAUAGCUACUAAUUCAGCAGAAAGAACCAUUAGUAUUACACAAAAACCAUCGCCAAAAGUGUGCCAGUUCUGUGAAAAAAUAUUUAAAAAGAAUGCUGAUCUCGAAAGACAUGAAAGAAUACACACUGGUGACAAACCGUAUAAAUGUGACCAACCAGAUUGUAAUAAAGCAUUCGCCACUAAGAGUUCACUUGAAUAUCAUAUAAUUACUCAUUCAGGUAAGAUGAAAAGAGCCGAGUGCCCUCAAUGUAAUGGAUUAUUUGCUACCACCUCAACUUUGAAAGUUCACAUGCGACAGCAUACAGGUGAAAAGCCAUUUAAAUGUCCUGUAUGCGGGGAUGCAUUUCGAACAACCGGGCAUUUACAUACACAUGUGAUAAUCCAUGAACGAAAAAAAAAACGCAAAUAAAAUUAUGUUAUUUCAUCAAAUUAAAAUUUUGUAAGAAUAUACCCAUUGCUGAUGAUCUUGAAAGUAAACACUGGACAUAUUUGCCUUCCAAAAUGAGAAUUAAAUCCCUUAAAUAGUUUUA